AUGUCCUACCAAGACCAACUAGGGUCCCAUGAAGUCAUUUAUUCUUCAUAUUUGAAGAAAAGACCCACCACACUCAACACAUUAAAGACUGCAGGCUAUAAUUCGUCUACUACUUCAAAUGCAAAUGUAACAGCAAAUGCAAAUGCCACUGUAAAUUCAAAUAUCAAUGCAGAUCCCGGUCUAAAUUUAAAUGCAAGCACACCUAGUGCGAAUUCAACAGUCCAUCGCAGGUUUUCUACUCCAGGUAUUAUCAGACCAGAUGCACAACAACUAUUACUUCUGAAACCAAAUGGUAUAAUAAAUCAUAGUCAUACACAUCCACAUCUCUGGUGGCUGAAGCAUGGACCUACUACCUAUUGGUGUGUAUUGAGAAGGAACCAAUUUAGCUAUUACAAGACUGAAGACGAAAGAGAAGCUGUAGGCGUAAUACCCAGAUCUGAGUUUCUUUCAUUUCGAAUCAAUCAUGAAUUGUCUGUAAUAAUUAUAUAUGCUAAGGAAAAUACGUUUUGGUUUGAAUGUAAAGAUGAGAAAAUUUUAAAAGGUUGGGAAAUAUCAUUAGAUGAAUUUUGGAAGAUACCUAAAUAUAAAAAAGAAGUUUCAAAUAAUCCUGAAAUCAUAUUUGAUGAAAAAGCUUUAUUUUUGAAAGAAAAGAGAAAGCAGGAAAGACAAGAGAAGAAGAAGAAAGUCAAAGAUAAAAAUAAAGAACUUAUACCUAAUGGUUCCCCUAAGAAAUUAAAGGAUAAAUCUUUGGACCCAAAUAAAGAAGAAUUGAAAAAUCAAGAUGAAAGUAAAUUGAAGAAAAUAUUAAGCCCAAAAAAAAUUGAAGAUAAACCUAAGGAAAAAUUAAUAGACAAAUUAACAGAAAAGCCAUUAGACAAGUCAAUAGAAAAGUCAAACGAAAAAUCUCCACUUCUGCGGGAAUCUCCUAAGAAAGAAGAGCAUACUUAUAAUAGUGAAGAAGAUAAAAUUAUGCAUUACAAUUCUAUAAAUGAUCCAGAUAAAGAAUAUUAUACUUCAAACAGAACAGAUCCACAUACACUUAACGAUCAUCAUUUAACUAGUACUUCAUCAAAUGUCUUAUCAUCUGUAUCCACUGCAAAUAAUAUUAAUGAUUAUAAAGACGUUUUAAGUUAUUCCACAAUUGGCUCAAGAAUGCCAAGAUCUAAAUCUGAGGAGCAAUUCUAUGAAACAUAUGAUCCAAGAAAUCCAGAAACAGAAAUUUAUCAAAGUUUAAUCUAUAUCUUAAUGAAAGGUAGAUUCAAUAGAACUAAAUGGAAAAAAGUUAAAGCUGUAUUAACAAAUCAUUCUUUGAAAUUAUAUUCAUUAAGAAAUGAUAAAUUACGAAAAGAAUUAGAUUUAGAUAAAGUGGUGGAUUGUGUUGAAAUUGAAAGAGGUAUAUUAGAUAAUUUAUUUGCAGUAAUUACUUUAGAUGAAAGAUUGGAAUUUAAGACGUUAAAUGAAGAUGAUACCGUCGAAUGGAUAAUUAAUUUCAAAAGUGGGAUGAUUUUAAGACAAAAAAUUAAGAGUAUUCCAAGAUCUGGUGUUAGCAAUAAUAAUAGUACCACUGGCUCUAAUAAUUUUUCAGUUUCAAUUUGA